AUCAUCAACUUUUGAGUUGCUGAGUGGAGAAGGCACCAUUGCCAUCCCUGUAUAUAAAACUUGACAUCUCAAUAAUUAAGAUUCUCAGAAAACAUCUAUGUCAGAGACAGUGGGCAAUAAAUAGAUGGAGCCAAAGAGGAGUGAGACCGGACGCUUCUUCAAGAGCGCACAGCCUGCUAACGGAAAGCAGGCUGCUACCAUGAACAUGACCAAGAAUGUGGCAGAGCUUCUGCCUUUGAGCCACCAGGACGAACUAGUGGAUUUGCCAAACCACUACCCAUUGAGUACAAGUGAAGAUGAGGGGGACAGUGAUGGAGGAAGAAAAUGUCAAAAGCUUCUGGAAGCAGUCAGUUCCCUUGGCGGAAAGAAGAGUUGGAAAUUGGCAGAGAGAUCUGAGGCCAGUCUGAUAGUGUCAGAGUUCAAUGUCACUUCUGAAGGGUCAGGGGAAAAGCUGGUUCUUUCAGAUUUGCUGGAGUCUGCUACAGCAUUAUCUUCGUUGGCUGCUGUGAAAAAGCAACUGCUUAGGGCCAGGUCAAAGACUCUUGCGGUACCCCUGGACAAAAAAGAGGCUGACCAGAUCCUCAGGGAAGCAGCAUUCAGCAAAACCUCACAGAUGCUCUCCAAGUGGGAUCCUGUUGUUCUGAAGAACCGGCAAGCAGAACAGCUGGUUUUUCCCAUGGAGAAGGAGCCACCCGCUGUUGCUCCCAUUGAACAUGUAUUCACUGACUGGAAAGCAAGAACUCCCCUGGAGCAAGAAGUUUUCAACCUCCUUCAUAAGAACAAGCAGCCAGUAACAGACCCUUUAUUGACGCCCAUGGAAAAAGCCUCCCUUAAAGCCAUGAGCCUGGAAGAAGCUAAGAUACACCGAGCAGAGCGUCAGAGGAUGCGGGCUCUGCAGUCCUACUAUGAGGCCCGAGCUCGAAGAGAGAAGAGAAUCAAGAGUAAAAAGUAUCACAAAAUUAUAAAGAAAGGAAAGACCAAGAAAGCCUUAAAAGAGUUUGAGCAGCUGUGGAAGGACAACCCAAGUGCUGCGUUGCAAGAACUGGGAAAAAUGGAAGAGGCUAGAAUGGUGGAGCGCAUGAGCCUUAAGCACCAGGGUGGUGGGAAAUGGGCCAGGUCAAAGGCAAUUAGGGCCAGAUAUGACCUGGAGGCCCGCAAAGCUAUGCAAGAACAAUUGGCGAAGAACAGAGAACUGACACAGAAACUCCAGGUGGCUUCAGAGAGUGAGGAAGAGGAGGAAUGCACAGAAGAGGGAGUAAUCCCUGCCUCUGAUGGAACGAGCGACCUACAGAUGGAUGCAGCUGGUCGAAAUCCCUGGAUGCUCAGCAGUUGCAACAGUGAUGCACCAAGGGGUGAGGUCAAGACCGACCCUGGACAGCUGCCCGAACUGGCGGCUGAUGGGUCUUCUGAAAGGGAGAGAGAUGAGAAAGCAGUGGCAGAAGAGCUUUUGCUGAAAGAAAAAUUCUUUGAAGAAAGAGUUGAGCCCAACAGUGUUAAGCCAAUGGGUGGCCAGGAAACAGAAGACUCUGAUAGCCAGGAGGUAGUAUCUGAAUCGAAGUUGCUUCUGAAACUCCACAAGGAAAACCAUCAACCUGAGCAGCAAAAAGGGAGUUCAGUGGGAACUGUUCUCCAGACCCAGAGAGAGGAACUUGCUGCGGAGGAGAGCCUGGUGCUUCAAAGGCUAGAGAGGGCACAUGUUCUGGAAGAACAAGGGGAGUUGAGCAAAGGGGGACAUUAUUCAAAAAAGGGGCUUCCUAGACCUAUGGGAAAAGGAGAGUGGAAGGAGAGGAACCCACCCAGUAUACCUGAUGCCUCCAGAAAGAAGAGAAAAAUGGAACCAAUGAUUGAUCUACAGAAUCUCCUAACUACUAGGCCUUCUGUGAAGUCUUUGGCAGUGCCCACAGUGGAGGAGUUGGAAGAUGAAGUGGAGACAGACCACAAGCAGAUAAUAAAGGAAGCUUUUGCUGGGGAUGAUGUCAUCAGAGAAUUCUUAAAAGAGAAAAGGGAAGCUGUAGAGGCGAAUAAACCAAAGGACUUGGACCUGACAUUGCCUGGAUGGGGUGAGUGGGUUGGUAUAGGCCUGAAGCCCAGUGCCAAGAAAAGACGCCGUUUUCUUAUUAAAGCUCCUGAAAGUUCUCCAAGAAAAGACAAGAAUUUGCCAAAUGUGAUUAUCAGUGAGAAGCGCAACAUCCAUGCAGCAGCUCAUCAGGUUCGUGCUGUUCCACACCCAUUCACCCACCACCAGCAAUUUGAAAGGACUAUCCAGAACCCUAUUGGGUGCACAUGGAACACCCAGAGGGCCUUCCAAAAGCUGACAGUUCCCAAGGUUAGCACCAAAUUAGGCCAUAUUAUUAAGCCCUUAAACGCAGAAAAUGUGGGCUACUGCUCUUCCUCAAGGUCCGACCUUUCUGUCGUACAGAGCAAUUGGAAGCAGCUCUCCAAAAGUCAGCAAAAACAGCUGAAGAAAAGCUCUGCAGAUUGAGCUGCCAGGGGACUAGCAUCUUUGUUCCUGGGAUUAGGAACCUUGAGUGUUUCUCUUGGUUGCUUCAUAGGGCUUCAGGGGUAUUUCCUAAAUUGACAGAACACUUUGUAGUUAAACCACAUUGCAGAAAUAAGACAUUUUUGUUGAGUAAAGAGCUUCCAUUCCGUUCUGAGAUAGAUGAUAAAGACAGAAAUGAUUCAUUCAUGGGAAAAAUGACUACCAUAAGUUAGAGUACCUAUGUGUAGUACCUGUUCUAGGAUUAAAGAGGGAUCAGUGAGUGGACAGAGAAAUUCAGGCUGGGAUAAGGCAGAGGAAAUAUGAGCAGCUAAGAAUGCUCAAUUAGUUUAGAUAUUAAGUUAAUAGCUUCUAAUGUGGCUCAUACAUGUAAUCCAGCGUUCUGAGAGGCUGAGUCAAAAGAAUUAUUUACUUGAGUGAGAACUUGGCUUUACAAAACAAAACAAACAACCCCAAAAGCAUUUUAGGAAGAGGUAACAGACAGAAAUGAACAAAUUUAGAGAUUUGGAGAACACAAUGAGAAUAGAUAGAGGUGACUAGAGUUUAUUUAAGAAUAAAGUGUAACAAUUGGGGAGGAUUGAAAAGUCAGUUUUGGAGGGCCUUAAUUGCUUUGCAGAGAAACUUGGAAUUACAUUUUAUUUCUUUCCUCUUAGGCAAUGUAGAGGAAAUAAGUUUUGUAUAGGGGAUAGAUGUGGUGACAUUUAUGUUAAAGGAGUAUGCGUGCCAAGCUGGCAGGCAGUGUGCAUGCAGGAUGUAUUGAUGGGGGUGAGAGUUAAAGACCUCAGUUAGAGAACUUAUAAAUAGAUGAUAAUGCUAAGAAAGAAAUUUAUAUAUUUAAUAUUUUUAUAUAUUAUAUUUUAUAAUUAUAUAUAAAUAUAAAUAAAAGGAUUAUAGGAAAAGUUGUCAUCUAAAUUACUAAAUUUUGUUUUUUCUUCUCCCACUAAUUGGUCCUCAAAUCUUGGCCUCAGCCAGUCUAGGCAAGUGCUCUACCACUGAGCUAUAUCCUCAAUUUUGUUUCGUUUUUUUUGGAGAGGGUCUUAAUCUGCAUAUUAGACUGGCUUUGACCUUGAUGUGUAGCCCAGGCUGGCAGGCUGGCCUUGAGCUCUCCUGCCUCCCCAGGAAACCUCUGGGAUUAGUAAUCUUUAUGAUACUGGGAUUGAACUCAUGGCCUUAUGUAUGCUAUUUAUGAGCUCUGUUGAUGAGCUAUAUCUGCAGCUGCUUACCUACAUUUAGAACUGUAUCCUACCCUCCUCAGGGAACCCCUCUCCCCUCUUUUUUUCUGUUUUUGGUUUUUCCAGACAGGGUUUCUCUGUAA